CCAGGUACGCGGACAAGAUGGCGGCGGCAGCGGUCGACAGCGCGAUGGAGGUGGUGCCGGCGCUGGCGGAGGAGGCCGCGCCCGAGGCGGCGGGCCUCAGCUGCCUCGUCAACCUGCCCGGCGAGGUGCUGGAGUACAUCCUGUGCAGCGGCUCGCUGACGGCCGCCGACAUCGGCCGCGUCUCCAGCACCUGCCGGCGGCUGCGCGAGCUGUGCCAGAGUAGCGGGAAGGUGUGGAAGGAGCAGUUCCGGGUGAGGUGGCCUUCCCUUAUGAAACACUACAGCCCCACCGACUACGUCAAUUGGCUGGAGGAGUAUAAAGUUCGGCAAAAAGCGGGGUUAGAAGCCCGGAAGAUUGUAGCCUCCUUCUCAAAGAGGUUCUUUUCAGAGCACGUCCCUUGUAACGGUUUUAGUGACAUAGAGAAUCUUGAGGGACCAGAGAUUUUUUUUGAGGAUGAACUGGUGUGUAUCCUAAAUAUGGAAGGAAGAAAAGCUCUGACCUGGAAAUACUAUGCCAAGAAAAUUCUUUACUACCUACGACAGCAGAAAAUUUUAAAUAACCUAAAGGCAUUUCUUCAGCAGCCUGACGAUUAUGAAUCGUAUCUUGAAGGUGCCGUGUAUAUUGACCAGUACUGCAAUCCUCUCUCUGACAUCAGCCUCAAAGACACCCAGGCCCAGAUCGACAGCAUCGUAGAGCUCGUCUGCAAAACCCUGAGGGGCAUCAAUAGUCGCCACCCCAGCUUGUCCUUCAAGGCAGGUGAAUCCUCCAUGAUAAUGGAGAUAGAACUCCAGAGCCAGGUGCUGGACGCCAUGAACUACGUCCUUUAUGACCAACUGAAGUUUAAGGGGAACCGAAUGGAUUAUUAUAAUGCCCUAAACUUAUACAUGCACCAGGUUUUGAUUCGCAGAACAGGAAUUCCGAUCAGCAUGUCUCUGCUCUACUUGACAAUUGCCCGGCAGUUGGGGGUCCCCCUGGAACCUGUCAACUUCCCCAGUCACUUCUUGUUAAGGUGGUGCCAAGGUGCAGAAGGGGCGACCCUGGACAUCUUCGACUACAUCUACAUAGACGCUUUUGGGAAAGGGAAGCAGCUGACGGUGAAGGAGUGUGAAUACCUUAUCGGCCAGCACGUGACGGCGGCGCUGUACGGCGUGGUCAAUGUGAAGAAGGUGUUACAGCGAAUGGUGGGGAACCUCUUAAGCCUGGGAAAGCGGGAAGGCAUCGACCAGUCCUACCAACUCCUGCGAGACUCGCUGGAUCUCUACCUGGCGAUGUACCCGGACCAGGUGCAGCUGCUCCUCCUGCAAGCCAGGCUCUACUUCCACCUGGGCAUCUGGCCAGAGAAGUCUUUCUGUCUUGUCUUGAAGGUGCUUGACAUCCUGCAGCACAUUCAGACCCUCGACCCCGGGCAGCACGGGGCGGUGGGCUACCUGGUGCAGCACACGUUAGAGCACAUCGAGCGCAAGAAGGAGGAGGUGGGUGUGGAGGUGAAGCUGCGCUCCCACGAGAAGCACAGGGACGUCUGCUACUCCAUUGGGCUCAUUAUGAAGCAUAAGAGGUACGGCUAUAACUGUGUGAUCUAUGGCUGGGACCCCACCUGCAUGAUGGGACAUGAAUGGAUCCGAAACAUGAACGUCCACAGCCUGCCUCACGGCCAUCAUCAACCUUUCUAUAAUGUUCUGGUGGAGGACGGCUCUUGUAGAUACGCAGCCCAAGAAAACUUGGAGUAUAACGUGGAGCCUCAAGAAAUCUCGCACCCCGAUGUGGGACGCUAUUUCUCCGAGUUUACCGGCACUCACUACAUCCCGAACGCAGAGCUAGAAAUCCGGUAUCCAGAGGACCUGGAGUCUGUGUAUGAAACGGUGCAGAAUAUUUACAGUGCAAAGAAGGAGGACGUAGAGUAGCGUCCAGUCGAGGACCCCGAGCCUUUGCUGCUGCCGCUGUCUCCAGGAGAACAGGAUUCCGGAAGAAGACGCCUCCACGGAUCUCUCUGGGUUCACACCACCAGGAAAGCCACUUAGCCAGUGGCGCCGGCUGCCUCCUGCCAAGUUUAAGUGACGUGUGCUCUCCUCCAGCCGCAAAGACAAUGUCGCUCUCCGCUACACUAGUGAAUUCAUUUGACGGCACUGUGUUCAGUGGCAUGGCUUGUGUGCUUGUCCUGUGGUGACAGUCUGUGACACUCUGUCUUCAUGAGGCCUCACAGUCGACACUCGUAGAGUCCUCCUUCCUGCCCACUUCCCGUUACGUCUGUCUACACUCGUCUCCGACCGUUCCAUUUGCCGGACCGACGGGGUUCCGCGUCCGCACCGGCUCCUUGCUGGGCUCGCCGCAGAGCGCGUGGCCCGGGGCGGGCACCGGGGCCCCUUCGCCCUUUCCGCUGCUCUUCAGCUGCAAGGACUUUAACCCACGGAUGCUGAUCAGACCCAUCCGGCUUGUUUGUUCCAAUAUGUGAAAUAGAUUUCAGCCGUCCUCACCCUUCCUUUACCUGAAGCGGGAGUGCGCCGAGCCUCGCCCUCCCGGUUCCCCCCGGGUCCACGCUCCCCUCUCUGCGAAUCCUUAGUUUUCUUGUCUCCCUCACGUGAGAUCUUGUGAGAAAGUGCACCGUCAUGGCCUUUAUGGAUGGAUUUUCCCACAGUCGUCUACUUUUCCUCCUUUGAAAUAAGUACUUUUUUUCCUCUUUUAAUUCUAAAAAUUAUUCCAGUAUCGUAAAUAGAUCUUAAGUCCGUGACGGGUUCUCCUUAUAGUAGGAAACGCAGUCUGGUGUUAAAACGUUCACUUCUAGAAACCACACUCUGUGGUCUCCAGAGACCUAGAGGAGGUUUCACUUUUGGAGUCAGAAAAAAAGAAAUCAUGAACCUUACACAUUUUUUAAGAAGGAAAGAGGAGGUUCCACGUCCCCUGUCACCACCCAGACUCCCCCUCAGACCCAGCCGGCUGUGGCAGGGCGGACGCAGUAAGACGUCUUUCAUCUGAGGGGUGCCCAUCCGGGGGGGCGGAGGUGGGCGUGUCCUGCUCCCUCGAGUCUCCGCCGCCCCGAAGGUCCCCGGGCUCCCGCUCCACACCCUUGGCCCCCGCGCGCCCGCCGCUCUCCACCUGCCAGUCCUCACGCGAGCUAGCUAAUUCGUAGUUAACCGGCAGAAGCUAACUUCCGGAGUUAGGUCCUACUUACGCUUCUCUCGGAAUCGAAAAGACCCCGCUUGCUGUAGGGAGCAAGGAGGCCUCCCGGGCUGCGAUCCGACCCCGCCUCGCCCCCCUUCUGUGCAUUUAUCUGCAUGUGGUGCCCCACACCCCGUUUGAUGACGGCCUCGUUUCCCCCUUUGGAAGCCCCGGGAUGACCGAGGUUUGGGGAGGCCACCAGAGACCACUUAGUCCCUGACGGCUGGCGAGCCGCUGUUAGAAAGAGACGAGGGUCUGGCCGGCCCCCGCCAGCCCGAGUUCGCACUUGCCAGUCAGAUCCAGAGCCUGACGGUCCCGGGCGGCCUGGAAACCCGGCCACUCCCGGCACCCGGCCCUGGCGGGCCGGGGCUCUUACACUACUCUUGUUUAAAGGUGAGAACUAGUUAAUCUCGAGGUAAUACUAACAGAAGCAUUACUAACAGACUGUGGAGCAUGCUGAGUUAUCGUUGCUGGUUUCCUGGUUUGGUUUCCUUUUUUCUUAGAGCAACAUCAAAGCCAAGAAGGAUGGUUUGACCUUUACUGACCCAGUGUAAAUAUGUAUCUAGACCGUUUUUAAAUGUGUUUCUUCAUGAAUGCUUCAUUUGGCUCCAGGAAGCCUGUGUCACCUGUGUAAGUUGGUAUUUGGGCACUUUAUAUUUUUCUAAAACCGUGUUUUGGAUCUCCUGUACUCUAAUAAAUCGUAAGUUUCUUUUUAAAAUUUU